AUGAUCUACGUUGAUGGAGUUCCAUUUCAAAAUGAGAGUAGCUCAUCGACUUUAUCUUCUUCAUCGCAGGGAAGCAGGUUGCUUCUUGAUGUAAUGAAUCAUCCUGUGAUAAUGUUAGCUUCUGAUUCUUUCAAGAAUCUUGAGGAAAGAAAUGUUACUUUCGGAGAAAAUGAUUCAGAGAGUUCGACAAAAGACAGAUAUGUUUACAUUUUCCAAAGAGAAUAUGCUGUUGUGAAUCCAGAGCUUGUUGAUUUUGUUGGUACCGAUGAAGCAACGACUUGCGUAGGACUUGUUAUACGCAACAGAAAAUCAGGAAUGACAUCUAUUGCGCACAUGGAUUCACCGAAAAUUGUGGAUUUGGGGAUAAGCCAGAUGUUAUCAUUGGUUUUAGAGGAUGACGUUGAUACCGAGUUAGAUGUACAUAUGGUUGGUGGUUAUGAAGAUGUCGACAUAAAAAAUGCUAAUGGUGGUGCUGACUAUGCCAAACCAGAGGGUCACUCAUUUCCUUUGUGUUGCAAAUUAGUUGAAACUUUGCAGAAGAGAAGAGAAAGCUUUCACAUUAAAACUCUCUUUAUUCUUGGUCACAAUACCAAGUUGGAUGCACAAGCGAACACGUGCCCCGUUUUUAAUGGAUGCCUGGUGAAUACCUCCACCGGUUCAAUUUUCCCGGCAAGUUUCAACAGAACAUCUAGAUGCCCGGAUGAGCUUGUUCGAAGAAUUCGAGUUUCGGCAUCAUUCGAAGAUUCUAGCUGGAAGGGAAAGUUACUCGAUACAUAUGAUACAAAAACUGACAGAUUCAUCAUCGCACCAUGCUGCUGGACAAUGCGACUAAUUGAAAUUGUUUGGGAACUUAAUCAGCUUCCUGAUGAAGAAAUUCUCACUACGUGUUCUACCUCACCUUCUGCUGAAGGUCCAGAUUUCAUAGACGAUCAAAGAAGAAUUUGGGAGUAUUUACUAAAAUAUCCAGAAUGGAGCAAGACUUUCCCAAGGAGACAACCUCGUGUGUUCGAGCGAACUGCCACUGGAAACUGGAGAAAAUGCUGA